AUUCCUUUACUACUACACGGUUGGCGCGAGUACGUUUAGGGGUGGUGUGUGCGCGAGACAGAAUGGGUGGAAGGUAGAAGGUGUGUUUAUAGGUUAGCUUGUAGGCUAACGACGACAAAUUAACGACUUAUUUAAAAAUAAGUACAUGGGGCUUAAAGUCUGACUUUCUGAUUAGCAAGAUAUUGCGUUUAACACGUCCUGUUUUACAUCGACGUGCUAAAAUAGUCUUUGACAAUAAAGUUGAAUCUAAUCUAAUCUAGAAUAGUCUUUGUACCUCGAGCACAACACAGUCUGUCAGAAGGGAGCACAUUACUGCCAUCAGAGUUUAAGAAAGAUAAGGGAAGACACAAAGAGCCAUUUCUGAGGCAAAAUUCCACUUUUCAAAAUCACUGAAAUUUAUGAGAAAAAGUUUGGUCGUGAACUGGUGGUGAGCGAUCUCUACAGAUUGCCGGAGGUCGUGGCUGUGCGUGAACAAGGCGGCGGACGUAUGGUGUGUCUUCUACCCAGCAGCCUAGCCAGACAUAGUCCAUUAGGUUCCUCGCAGUCCCAUGAUGGCUCUUCCACCAGUGGCAGUCCUGUGGUGUUUGAGGAGCUUGAGUAUCAUGAACCUGUCUGCAAGCGUCAUUACACACAACAAGAUUUCAGUGAGGCAGAUUAUGACCCUGACACGUACAAGAUUCCAUUUGUUGUGGUGUCUCUGAAAGCCUUUUCUGCUCACGUGCACAGUCUUCUGCAGUCACACGAGGGUACCAUCCCCUUGCUCAGCUUUCUAGAAUGUUAUGCAUCAGAGUUCAGCCCAUUAACAGUGGCUGAAGAAGGGAAGCUGGAGGGAAGCGUUCCCCUGGAACACCUCAUUACAUGUAUCCCAGGCAUCACCAUUGUAACUGCACAGAACGGCUUCAAGGUCAUCAAAUGGAUCCACAACAAACCCCCACCACCUAAUGCAGACCCAUGGCUACAGCGCUGUAAGAGCCCAGUAGGAAAUCCCCAGCUGAUCCAGUUCAGUCGAGAAAUCAUAGACCUGAUGAAAAACCAGCCGUGCUGCCUGAUGCCCAUCACUAAAUUCAUCCCUGCCUACCAUCAUCACUUUGCUAAACAGUGCAGAGUCUCUGAUUAUGGCUUCUCCAAACUGCUAGAGCUGCUGGAGGCUGUACCACACGUACUACAGAUUCUGGGCCUGGGCUCUAAGCGGUUGCUGACCCUCACACACAGGGCACAGGUGAAGCGUUUCACACAAGAUCUGCUCAAACUGCUCAAGUUUCAGGCAAGCAAGCAGAGCGGACCACAGAGGAGAUGGAACGCACCAGACAGUUUGGGAAGGAGGUGGUGGAUCUGUUGUGUCACCAACCGCACUUUCGCAUGCCUUUCAGCAAGUUCAUCCCCACUUAUCACCACCACUUUGGCCGCCAGUGCAAGCUCACCUAUUAUGGGUUCUCUAAGCUCAUGGAGCUGUUUGAAGCCAUUCCUAAUGUCCUUCAGGCGAGUGCCAUCUCUUAGCCAUCUCUUUGAUGGAUUGUUAUUCCAUGUCACUGCCCUGCCUUCGUUCAUGACUUUAAAGUGUUUCAUCCUGCACUCCCUUAGCAUGAUGAUGUUUGUAUAUUUCUUUUCUGUUGUCUUGUUUAGCGGGUUUCUUUGGGCCGAAGACUUAUCCUGCAUCUGUUUAUGCAGUCUGGGUUAUCCCAGGACAAAAAUAACUAGACUGAACACCUAACACGCUGCCGUUAGGCUCUGUAUUUGCAUAGAGAGAGCCACGUUUUGGGAGAAUCUCCCUGAAAAACCUCCCUGUUUUAGUUUAGCGGUCCUGUUGUUGGUUUAAUGCAGUCUAGUCCAGUUUACAGCUCAUGUUCCUGAUUUCCCGACUCGCCGUUGGGCUCAUUAAGCCCUAUGACCACAAUCUGCCAUUUUCAGAAGGGUGGUCUUUGUGGG